UAGAAAGUAGCUACUCUCUCUCUCUCUCUCUCUUUACAGAGCCGCAGAAACUCUCUUGAGAACCUAGACUGUCUACCUUGUAGGGCUCUGAAUUAGUUGCUGGGCUGUAGAGCUAAACCAAAUAGCACGCCACGGAAGAAGCGGUCUGAGAUGGAGACGUCGCAGUUCGAGAUCGACCUUGGCAAUCUCUUUGCCUUCAAUCCUCAUCACCAAUUUUCCUCCCUACCUUCAUCCAGAGAGGAGUUAGUGAAGGAAUGUCUACAGAAGGGCACUGAAUUAGUUCAAGCCAUUGCAAAUACUCUGUUCAACUUACCUUCAACUGAGGACGUAGAUGGUCCCCUGGUCAAGUUGCCCCCACCAACAACAAGACUGCCCAGAGAGAAGCCUCUUCCAAAGCCUAAACCUCCUACAAAAUGGGAACUGUUUGCCAAAGCAAGAGGUAUAAAGAAGCGCAAAAAAGACAAGAUAUCAUAUGAUGAGCCAACUGGUACUUGGAAACGUCGUUAUGGAUAUGAUCGGGCAAAUGAUGAGGAAAAUAUACCUAUCAUUGAGGCCAAGAUAACUGAUGAGCCAGGCGAGGAUCCUUUUGCUAAAAGGCAAGCAGAUAAAAAGAAACGUGUUGAAAAGCAAGAUAAAAAUCGGCUACAGAACUUGAAACAAGCGGCAAAAGUUGAUGCUUUACCGAGCCAUGUCCAACUAGCUGCCACAGCGUUGCCUAUAACAGGAACCCAGACUGCACCCAAGAAAGUCACUAAAGAUGAACUAGUGAAUGUAGCUGGAAUAGCAGCAAGUGCAACAGCCAGUGGUGGGAAAUUUGACAAGAAGUUGCCUGGAGAAAAGCCUGCACAACAUAAAGGGAAAUAUCGCAAGUUCCUACCUGUCGUGGAAGGAAAAGGCAUAGUAGGCUCACAAGAGAAGGAGCAAACUGAGAAAGUUCUGAACAAGCUAAUCUCUAAGAAUUCCCACGACAUACUCAACGUAGAUAAGGCGGUCACCAUGUACAACGUGAAAAAAGAGAAGCGAAAGAACCAGAAAGGGAAGUCGUCAGCAACCUCAAGCAAGUUGAAACCAAAUACAAAACCGCAUCAGAAGUCCUCAAAGAAGGGAUCUUCAUCCUCAAAGAAGGGAUCUUCAUUUUCAAAGAAGGGAUCUUCCAAGAAAACAAAGACAACAUGAAAGUAAUUGAUUGUAACUCUGGAAAGCUUGUAGAGUAGUUUUGAGCCAGUCACUACAAGUUUUUUUAUUGGGAACAAGUGUUUUCUGCAAAAUUGUUUACUUUUUAGGAGAAAACGUUACAUAAUUUGCUCAA